UCUUCCAGCCUUCAUUUAUCCGUAUGUCAGGGCCCAGAGUCAAUUCGUUAUUUCUUGGAAAUUCUUCAGGAGUCAGUUUUUCUAUCUUUUUAAGUCCCAGAGAUGAAGAGACAGGAAUAUUGCAACUUGCAAAUUGCAAUGGAAGUGAAAGAGCUGGUGAUUGGAAUUUGAACGUAACACGUGGUGUGAACAUUUCCAAACUGACUAUAAGCUUGACUAGAAAUCUGCAGAUGUGUUUGCCAAAUGCCACUGACUGCUGCACGACACCUCUUUGUGUGGUGGAGACUCUCCAGGUUGUAGCUUGCCGUGAUUCGGUGGUGUUGGCGCAUCUCCUGGUUCAAGCUGAAAUAUAUGCCAACUCCUCCUUUACAGGAAACGUGUCAGAAAAUGCCACUAUCAUCCCAAACCAGGUGUUUCAGCCCUUGGGCUCUUGUCCUUGUGACUUGACAGCUGGAGCUUGUGAUGUUCGUUGUUGCUGUGACCUGGAGUGUACACCAGACUUGAAGCAGUUAUUCAAUGAAUCAUGUUUCACUGGAGUGUUUGGUGGGGAUGUAAACCCACCUUUUGAUCAGCUGUGCUCUUCUCAAUCAAUGGAAUAUAUCCCUGAUUGGUUUCCCUUCCUUUGUGUACAGUCUUCUCUUAACAAUACACCAUUUCUUGGCUACUUUUAUCAUGGCUCUAUUUCUGCACCCAAAGUUCCUUCAUUUAAGAUCUCUUUACAACCUUCUCCUGGGAAACUUUUCACUGGUUACAGUCAAGGAGAUCCAAUUAUGACAGAAGAAAAUGAGUAUUUUACGAUUCCCCAGCAAUCCAUGGCUGGACAGUGUGUUGUAAAUGCCCCUGUGGCAUAUCUGCAGGACUUUGAUGUCAGAUGCCUUACCAAUCUAGCAUCUUAUGAGGAAGGACUGCCCCAUGACGUGAGGAUAAACAGUGGUACUGGAGACUUCAUCCAACAAAACGUUGUCUAUAGGAACAUUACUGACACAGGCAGAUUCAUCACUGAAAGUGAAAGUCUCCCUACUGCUGAGGUUCUGUGUCAAAAUGUAACUUUUGCGGAGCACUAUAUGUUCAUUUGGAAAGACAAGAACAUAGAGCAAGUAAAUGUCACAGUCUUCCUUGGAAGUUUAUGUGAUGGAGAAAUACUGACCCAGAGAUUCACCGUCCAAUUUCUAAGUUUAGAGAGCACUAAUACAACAGAACUGCCUGGGGAUCCAG